AAUAGGCGGAGUUUCCGGUUCCGGCGGGGGCGGUCCCUGGCGGCCGAGAUGGCGGCGACAGCGGCCGAGCCUGUGGCCUCGGGCUCUGGAGGCCCCCGGGAAGAGGCUGAAGCUCCCGGCCCCGCCUGGGAUGAAUCCCAAUUGCGUAGUUACAGCUUUCCCACCAGGCCCAUCCCGCGUUUGAGUCAGAGCGAUCCCCGGGCGGAGGAGCUGAUCGAAAAUGAGGAACCCGUGGUGCUGACCGACACAAAUCUUGUGUAUCCUGCCCUGAAAUGGGACCUUGAAUACCUGCAAGAGAAUAUUGGUAAUGGAGACUUCUCUGUGUACAGUGCUAGCACCCAUAAGUUCUUGUACUAUGAUGAGAAGAAGAUGGCUAAUUUCCAGAACUUUAAGCCGAGGUCCAAUAGGGAGGAAAUGAAAUUUCAUGAGUUUGUUCAGAAAUUACAGGAUAUACAGCAGCGAGGAGGGGAAGAGAGGUUAUAUCUGCAGCAAACACUCAAUGAUACCGUGGGCAGGAAGAUUGUCAUGGACUUCUUGGGUUUUAACUGGAACUGGAUUAAUAAACAACAAGGAAAGCGUGGCUGGGGGCAGCUGACCUCUAACCUGCUGCUCAUUGGCAUGGAAGGAAAUGUGACACCUGCUCACUAUGAUGAGCAGCAGAAUUUCUUUGCUCAGAUAAAAGGCCACAAGCGAUGCAUCUUAUUCCCUCCGGAUCAGUUUGAGUGCCUCUACCCAUACCCUGUCCAUCACCCAUGUGAUAGACAGAGCCAGGUGGACUUUGACAAUCCUGACUAUGAGAGGUUCCCUAAUUUCCAAAACGUGGUUGGUUAUGAAACAGUCGUUGGCCCUGGUGAUGUUCUUUACAUCCCAAUGUACUGGUGGCAUCAUAUAGAGUCGUUACUAAAUGGGGGGAUUACCAUCACUGUGAACUUCUGGUAUAAGGGGGCACCCACCCCUAAGAGAAUUGAAUAUCCUCUCAAAGCUCAUCAGAAAGUGGCCAUAAUGAGAAACAUUGAGAAGAUGCUUGGAGAGGCCUUGGGGAACCCACAAGAGGUGGGGCCCUUGUUGAACACAAUGAUCAAGGGCCGAUACAACUAGCCUGCCAGGAGUCACGGCCUCCUGCCAGGUGACUGCUAUCCCGUCCACACCGCUUCAUUGAUGAGGACAGGAGACUCCAAGCGCUAGUAUUGCACGCUGCACUUAAUGGACUGGACUCUUGCCAUGGCCCUGGAGGCAGGUGUUUGGGGCGAGGCAGGGCGGUUGGCACUCCACUCCCAUUUGGAGGGGUUUCUUACUCUUGCCUCUUGUGCCCCGGCACCUUCCCUCUGCCCACCUCCCACACCCACCAAGUCCUGCAUUCAGUGUUUGGAGUCCCAGCUUUUGGUUGUCAUCAUGUCUGUGUGUUAGUCUGUCAACCUUGGGAUGGGUGCACUUGUGUGCAUGCACACACAUGUAUGUAUCUGUUCCUUGGUCCCACCUUCUGGGUCAGGGUGUCACUUCUGGCUCUCAGCCCUAUCUCCUGCAACGUCAGUGCCUCAGCCUGAGUGAGAGGAGAUGCUCUUGGACCCCCACUCCAUCUGGGCUCCAGGGCCAGAGCUAGUCUGACCAUUAGGUCAGUCUUCCUCCAUCCAGUUUUUGCAUAGUCAAGCUCUAGGCUGGGUGGGAAUGGCUGCUGGGACUCUAAUGGGGAGAAUGAGAGGGAGGUUUGCCUUUGAGAGCCUAAAUAGCCUUCCUGUGAGAGAAAGGAUUGGAUAGGAUUCCUGCUGGGAUCUAUAAGCUCAAGCCAUACAUAGAAAGGACCUUGGUACAUAUGAACCAAGGAUUGUGCAUGAAUUCUGAAUUAAAGACACAUACAGUUUCUCUUUCAGCACCAACUCUUGCCCUGGUGCUGGGUGCCAAGGGAGUUCUAGCUGUGGCUUCUCAAGGGUCUAGGGAUGCAAGCCUCUGUGUGUGUGUGUGUGUGUGUGUGUGUCCACACUGGCCAGCCUCCCUGCUUACCAAGGUUCCCCACUGCUUACCUUGUCCAGUGGGACAGUACAGUGUGAGCCCCAGGAAGUACUGCCUGACCUAACAUAAAGCUUUUUAACUUGGAUUUUAGCCAUCAUAUGUUGGUCAGGUCUCACUGCACCCUGCCUGAGGCUGACUGGCUAGAGCCUCUGGGCCCUAUGAUGCUCCCUGCCGAGGCCACAUCCUCUACUUCUGCUGAGCUUCCUGGCUGAGUAGAUGAAAUGGGUCGAGCUUAGGCAGCUAACUCACUACCUGUCAUCCACCUCAGGGCAAGGGCAAAAAUGUAGCCUUGCCAUUUAAAGCCAGCGCCUCUGCCAGACCCUACUGUAAUAAUAUUCCACAACACCCUCAAUAGUCAGGGCAACCGGUAGAGCAUGGAAGUAGAAUUUCCUCUUCUGUUAGUAGCUACUCAUGGGAACCCCUCUCAGGGCUGCAGCUUACAGCUGGGCAGUUGUGUAUUGCACAACUUGAAGGGCCGUCAUUUACAUCUAUUCAGUGGGAGAAGGGCGCCUGGGAUUGGGUGGUGUGGUGGCCCUGUGUCUACUUAUCUCCACUCCAGUAUCCAUCCCCUUCUCUCUGGAAGGAAAAAGGAGUUAGAAGAUCUUUGGUUUUAUUUUUCCUCCACCUUUUUUUUUUUUUUUUGCCUAAGGUUUACUUCCAGUGUUUGAGCUAUGGCUCUCACCCCCGAAGCUCAGUUUACAGUGCACUGAUGGACUGAGAGGAUGUGUGUGUAUGCCUGUGCAUGCCCUUGUGUGUAUUUUAGGAAGGGGUGUUCAUUUUUAGUACCCCAUGCUGGGGUUCUCUGAUGCCGUGUGGGUGUGAAGACAUGAUACUCUUCUCAAGUGUAGCUCUUUCCAAUAUAGUCAGUGCUGGGAAAUGUGA